AUGCUAACUGCUCCAGCCAAAAGUGCUCUUCGGUGCUACUCCACCGACGCAGCUCCAGCCAUCAGGCUGACACUCCUUUUGCUGAGAAACCCCAUCAUCACGGCAGACCAGCCUGCUUUCCAGAAACAGUACUACCGUUACCUGAAGGAAUUGUGGAAGCGUUUGAUGUGGACUUUCCCCAAGUGGUUCUGGUUCCGUCCUGGUACUGUGGCCGAACUCAAGUUCCGUGAACUCAACAAAAGACCUUUUUACAACAACCCCAAGGUGGAAUUUGUCGGAGGUAGACCCGAUGUGAUGCAUAACAGAGACAGAAGAUUCAAGCAGGAGGUCAAGUUGCCCCAGACUUACGACGACAAGCUGAAGGAGGUGGAUCCUCUUUCCAGAAAGAUUAUUCCCAAUUCCAGAAUCACCCAGGCCGACAAGAACAACGACUUGGUUUCUUUGGAAAGAAAGCUCGCCAGAACGCUAUACCUCUUGGUGAGUGAGGACGGUAAGAAAUGGAACUUCCCCAAUUUCGCCGUCAGCGAGUCGCCUCUACAUAAAACGGCUGAGCAAGGCCUCUAUCUGAUUGCUGGAAAGCAGUUGAACUACUUCAAUGUUUCCAAGACGCCCUGCCAUGUGCAUAACUCCCCUGGAGAGAAGCUGUUUUUCAUCAAGCUGCACCUUCUUUCGGGAGCUUUUGAUGUGCAGAAGCCACUUCAGCAUUUGUGGUUGACGAAGGAGGAAGUUGGUCAGCACUUGGAGAAGGAGUACUACAGCGAGGUGGAGCACUUGUUGAGUGACAUAUAA